UAUGAUGAUGAAGGGCCUAAAACAAGUUAACAAAACAAAAACCUUCAGGCUUGAAAAAUCUCCAACAAUGGAGUACCAAUUGACAGCCCCAAGUGAUCAAUACUCCACUUUUGCCACCAAAAAGUCCCCUCCAAGAAUGGAAUUUCCUACCUCACCACAACUAAUAUUUGGUGAAGAAAUUCUUCACAUCAGCCACCCACAGCACCCUCUCUCAAUGGUGGAUAUCCCGGACCUCUUCACUUGUGUUGGCUGCAAGGAGUAUGGCUCUGGAAAGAGGUUUGUUUGUCAACAAUGUGAUUUUCAGAUGCAUGAUUUCUGUGCCUUGGCUCCUCCUGCUCUCAAGGCCCACCCCUUCCACUCACAACACUCUCUCUUGUUCCAUCCCAAACCAGCAAAAGGUGGGAUGGCCAAAUCCAAAUGCGAUGUGUGUGGCAAACCAACAAAAGGCUUUGCGUUCCUAUGCACUGCAUGUGCGUUUCAAAUGCACCCUUGCUGCGCCAUGCUCAACACCCAAAUACAGUACCCAAAUCAUCCUCACCCCCUAAAGGUGUUGCCAACCACCUCCUCGGCCACCGCCGCAGACUCUGCGUUGGUCUGCCGCGAGUGCAAUAGGAAGAGGUCAGGGAAAGUGUAUCGUUGCACAGUGUGUGAUUACCAUUUACACGCAGUGUGUGCAAAGAGUAAGGUGAAUGGCCUCCAAGCCAAUGGCAUCAAACCCCCCGAGAAACCAAGCGUGCUUGCCGCAGCCGCAAGAGUUGCUUCCCAAGUCGUCAUUGAAUUCAUUGGAGGAUUCGUUGAGGGCAUUGGAGAGACCAUGGGAGAAGCUCUUGUGCAGAACAUUGCUAAGGGAAGUAACAAUGGUGCUAAGGGAAGUAGUAAUGGUGCCACUAAUGCCCCCACAAAACCCAGAUAUAAUAAAUAA